CCUGGUCCAUCCUCAUCGACGAUAGCGGGAGUCCUGCCGCCGGGAUUGAUCUUCUUACACGAACUCAGAGAACUGCUGGCCACGAAAUUCCUCCCGUGGUUCACUGUGUACUACCCCAGCCUCUCUAAAAGUACUACAUAGUCAUCGCCACCUUGUGAGCAUUUGGAGCGGUAGGUGACGUCAACGCCUUGGUGUGUGUGGUGUGUGCCAUUCUUCCUCGUCACAGCGGCGAUGGUGGACACGUGUCGGACGUCACACACCCUCCCCUCAUACAGUACGCAGGGAGGACGACGAUGAUGGAGGGACGUCGUGGGUGGAGUAUAGAGGCGAAGGAGCGAGGAGGGAGGAGGCAGGAGGACGAUGGAGGGAGGGUGGAGGAUGGAGGGAGGAGGGAGCAUGGAGGGAGGAGGGAGGAAGGAGGGGGGAGGAAGGCGAGGAUAGAGGAGGGAGGAAGGAGGGAGGAGAAUGACGACGAUGGAUGGAGGAGGAGGGAGGAGAAUGACGACGAUGGAUGGAGGAUUAGGGAGGACGAAGGGAGGAGGAGGAGGGAGGGUGGACUUUUCUGCAUCUCCGCUAUGGAACCGAUUGAAUCUGGACGUGAUUGUGGAGAGGUGCAGAAAACCACAUCCACUCGAUCGAUCCUCUUUCCUAUUCUCACUACGCCCCUGGAAACGAUGUCCAUCCUGCCAGAAUAGGAAAACACAGGCCAAAGAAAAAAAGAGAAAAACAGGAAGGCAAGGAAAAUAAAAAGGCUGAUGUCAUCCUGCUAUGGAGGAAGACGGAACCGCUGACCUGUACCAGAUGACGGGCUCACGGACUCUAUCAAUCGAUGAAUCAUCGGUCAAUCAAUGAGGGCAGAGGAGGAGGGAGGAUGCCUAUGACGCUUACGCUGAGAGUGAGGAGAAGCCUUAGGGAGGAUGGAGGGGGUAGGAGGAGGAAAGUGGGGCAAGCGGAUUGUGAAUUAUAAGCAACUGGGAGAGCACGAAGAAGAAAUGAUAUGACCAGCAAGUACGCGGGGGAGCAGGAGUAGGGGAAAGAUGAAAGUCAGGGCAGGUGGAAAGAUGAAAGUCAGGGCCGGUCGAUCAGAAAAGGGGCAACUUGGCGGAGGGGAGAAAGAGUAGGGGAAAGGUGAAAGUCAGGGAAGGUGGAAAGAUGAAAGUCAGGGCCGGUCGAUCAGAAAAAAGGGCAACGUGGCGGAGGGGAGAAAGAGCUGCAAUCGCUCAGUGGAACGUACUGGAGGAGGAAGCAGGGGGAGAGAAGAGAUGGUCGGAAAGGAGGGCGAGCGGGUGUGAAAGCAAACAAGAAAAGGUUGCUGGACAGUCGCGUCUCCUUCUCUGACAUGACUGUAAGACAGAUCGACGGACAGCAAGACAGAAUCUUAAAGAGGAGAGGAGGAGAGAGAGAGAGAGAGAGAGAGAGAGAGAGAGAGAGAGAGAGAGAGAGAGAGAGAGAGAGAGAGAGAGNNNGAGAGAGAGAGAGAGAGAGAGAGAGAGAGAGAGAGAGAGAGAGAGAGAGAGAGAGAGAGAGAGAGAGAGAGAGAGGGGGUAGGUCGAAAUGUUGAGGGUACUGAUGACGUGGCGCCUUUGGCCCAGUCACAAGUUUUCUGGUUCGUUGUUCUUUUUGCCCCGGUCAUGGUCGUUCUUGCGUUCUGGAGAAUAUAUAUAUAUAUAGCGACUGUCUAUGCACUUGAUGACCCGAAUGAAAGGUAUCGAUUCAUUAGAGUUCUUCCUUACUGUCUCCCCAGUGAAGAUCACAUGAUCAAUGGGGGAGACUGGAAUCUAGUGUGCAGUCCUGACUAGAUUCGGAAACAGUAGACUCGCUAAAAAAUGAUAGAGAGGCGAUUCUCACAUGGAAGGAGAGAUGGAGACUAACAGACAUGUUCAGAGAAACCCAUCCAACAGAACCGGGGCAGGGCAGCCGCCGCUCAACCUACAUCCACGUGGGCGGCCUUGUACGCAAGAGGAGGUUCUGAACAGGGGCAGUUGUAAGAAAGAAGAUUAAAAAUGAAUAAAGUUUUUCUUGUUUUCUUCUGUUUUUUCCCCCUUUGCGCUCUGAUAUUCAUGUUACGAUAUAUGAAUAUAGAAAGAGAGAGAGAGAGAGAGAGAGAGAGAGGCCGAAAUUUGGGGGGCACUGCUGACGUGGUGCCUUUGACACCGUCAAAGUUUUGUUCCCAGUCCCAGUUCCCAGUUGCAUUGUCGGUUUCAGUCACUUGUGUGCAAUAUUCACGAAUGCAUUUAGGUGGUUUGCUUUUACGUAGGCCGUGCUAGGUUAGCUUUAAGUAGGCCGUCGUAGGAAGGUUAUGGGAUGCCACAGUUCUUCUAUGUAUUGGAAAGAGUCCGUAAGAGGCCAUAGACCACCUUCUUCCCCCGAAUACAACGUACGGUCAUUAUAGCUGUGUAUGUAGACUGAAAGAUGCCUCAAAUACAGAUAUAAGCUGUGUAUGUAGACUGAAAGAUGCCUCAAAUACAGAUAUGAUGACCGUACGUUGUAUUCGGGGGAAGAAGGCAGUCGUCAAGGCAGCAGCACAGUCACAUGAAAGCCCGAAACUUUGGAGGGUACAAAUAUAGGGCAGGGUAGCGGACCCAUAACCGGUAGCAACAGUCCCAGGAAAGCCAGAAACUUUGAAGCCUUACUGUGGAGUAGAAAAGGCCAGCUGGAAGCGCAGCUGCGUUGACUGCUUCCACAUACUCACUUGCGCGUGCAUGUGGAAGCGCAGCUGCGCUGCGAAGUGUACGGCAGUGUACGGCAGUGUACGGCUUGGAGAUAUCGCUGCUUGUGCUGUUGCAUGGACUGUGGCUGGUAGUAGUAGUCUGUGGCACCGGGUAUCGUCAGAGAGUAGCCAAAGAUAGGUCUAUCGUCUUCGCCCGAACAUAAUGCACGCUGAAAAGGAAUGUAUACAAGGUAUGUUUUCGGCCAGAUAGAGUCAGAAUGAAGGUGCGUUGUGUUC